CUAUCCCGGUUAUUGUUAUGGCAACAACAGGAUGCCAUGCUAAACAAAUUUAUUGACAUGAAAAAAUAGUAUAGUUUCGUAUUGAUGUUUGUAGCUUGUACGAGUUCCGGCUGUGCAAAAAUUAUCGGCCAUCUUCCUACUGGCCCUAUAUAAAUUUCCAAGGGACUAUUCAUUUCGUGGGCGAAACCGAUUACCGCACUGCAGACGCGACAUGUUCAAAAACACUUUCCAAUCUGGAUUCCUAUCGAUUCUGUACAGUAUUGGCUCGAAGCCUCUGCAGUUGUGGGACAAGAAGGUGCGCAAUGGCCACAUAAAGCGAAUUACGGACAACGAUAUACAGAGUCUCGUCCUGGAAAUAGUCGGCACCAACGUCAGCACCACGUUUAUAACAUGUCCGGCGGAUCCGAAAAAGACCCUGGGCAUCAAACUGCCCUUUCUGGUGAUGAUCAUCAAGAACAUGAAGAAAUACUUCACCUUUGAAGUCCAGGUUCUCGAUGACAAAAAUGUGCGGCGAAGGUUCAGGGCCAGUAACUACCAGUCGACAACUCGGGUCAAACCUUUUAUCUGCACCAUGCCCAUGCGAUUGGACGAGGGGUGGAACCAGAUUCAGUUUAAUUUGUCCGACUUCACCCGUCGCGCCUACGGCACAAAUUAUGUGGAGACACUCCGUGUACAGAUCCACGCAAAUUGCCGAAUCAGACGAGUCUAUUUCUCCGAUCGCCUCUAUUCGGAAGACGAGCUGCCGCCGGAGUUUAAGCUCUUCCUACCUAUUCAGAAGCCGGUGCAAAAGUCGAACGCUAUUUGUAGCUAAAUGCAAGAUGAUUCUUUAAGCAAUUAGAGCACCUAACACCACAGAGUUGGCAAUUACCACGGCACAAACUGCACAAGACUGCCAUCCAAACUCAUUUAACAGUUUAUGGGAAUCACGAAUAAAAAUUCAUCAUGUACAUAAAACUA